AUGGCGAGCUCGAUUAUCGCCGAUACCGCCACGCUUGCCACCGAUGAGACACUGUCCAGAAGACCCGAGGAAAGCCUGACUCAGGAAGAAGACGUUGCACGCCGCGUCAGCGUUAUGUCACCGUCGUCGCCCACCGAGCGCCCGUCCGCCUUCAAUACCGCUCAGUCAAGCCCGACCGCCUUCAAAAGCGCUGCAAUGAGCCCGCAAAGCGAAGCGGAGGCCCCGGGGCACAAAUCUCGCAGGAAUGUUCCCGAGCCUCGUACCCCGAGGUCAACCUCGCCAGGCAUGCGCAAGCUGCCAGUCAUGCCCGAGGCACUCACGAUCUCCUCAGCGGACAGGUGCCCAAGCGAGCGAAAGACACCUCCCAAAAUGAGGCGGAGCCAAAGUCGCGGUGCCCUGACUACGGUCACCUUCGGCAGGACUUCCUUAACAACGCUACUACAAGACACCAACACGUCGCCCCGAACAUCGCCCGUCCGCGGCCGAGCGCGCGCUUCAGCGACACACUACGGGCGGCGGUCGUUGGCGUCGCGUGUCGUCGCCAUCACCCACGAACAAUCGACACCCGACGCGGGGAUCGUGCCGAGCGCCUUGACCAGGGCGGGCCUGCAGACUUGCGCCCUGGUGUCACUGGCCGUGCUCACGUUCCACUGGCUGGCGAUGCCACUGCUGGCGCCCUCUGUGGACCACUGGUGCCGCAAACCUCCAGAAGCGGGAAACAUGAGCGACGUCAUGUGGAGAAACGCAGCCAUCCCCGUGCGCAGCGACGGCCGCUUUAGCCAGUGCACCGCCUACAGCAUGGUGGCCUUGGUUCAGACCACCGAAUCUGCGGUUGCCCAUCCGUCCACCUCGCGGGAGGAGCGAGAAUGCACUUCCUGGGACUUCGACCUGGCGCCCGGUGUGAAGACCAUGACGAACGAGUGGAACCUCGUGUGUGACCGCAGGAAACAGCUGCUUGUCGCAGUCGUCUACAACAAUCUCGGAGGCCUUGUAGCAAUGCCGUUCGUGGGACAAAUGGCCGACCGGCUCGGGCGCUGGACGGUGGAAGUGGCCAGCUUGAUGCUGUCGCUGCUGGCCGCCGCCGCCACGGUUUCGACGACGGACUUUGUCAACUUCGUCAUGGCGCGCAUGCUGCUCACCGGCUCCCUGGGCGCCGGGGCUCUGGCCAUGGCCGUGGAGAUGUUCGAGGCCAGCUACAGCCAGCGCCAGCGGCAGUUGACCGUGUGCUUCGCGCACAUGGUGGUGUCGCUGGUCGCGCUGUUGCCCCGACUGCUGAGCGCGGUGGUGCUCGACCGACGCACCGUGUGCCUCGCCGUGCUCCUGUGCGCCUUCGCCAUGCUCGUCAUGGUGCUCGCCUGCGUCGAGGAGUCUCCGCGCUGGCUGCGGGCGCUCUUCGAAGCCACCGCCGCCGACAGCAGGGCGCCCACGUCCCUGACGGCUCUGCACCACUUCACGCGCGGGGUAAGCAGUUUAAUAGCGCGCAAGUACUCCAGGAUACUGGGGAGGAUGCGCUACCGCAAGCAACCCACGGCGGGCAGCCUGGGCCUGCUCUUCGACCGGGCGCUUCGGACGCGCACGCUGGUGCUGGCCUUCACGCUGUUCGCGCUCCUCAACAGCCUGCCGGCGUCCGCCGACGAAGACGCGCUGAGCCUGGAACGCCUGCAGGACGUGACGCGACCGGUGCUGCGCGUCUGCAGCAUCGUGGCCGCGGACCAGCUGCUGCGCGAGUGCACGCGGCGCGAGGCCCUGCUCCUGGCGCUGCCGUGCGUCUGCCUGCUGGUCUGCGCCGAGGCAGUGGCCGAGGCCACGGCCGCGGAGUCCACCCUGCCGCUGAUCCGGGAGCUGCUGCUGAACUCCAUCCUGGCCAACCUGACCAUGGUGUGCGUGUACUGCCUCGAGCUGUACCCGACCUCGACCAGGGCCACGGGUCUGGGCAGCGUCUACUUCGCCGGCGGCGUCUGCGCCACGGCGUCGCCGCUGCUGCUCGAGCUGUGCCUGGAGCGACCUCUGCUCCACGUCAGCGCCGUGCCGCUCACGGUGGCCGCCAUGUUCGUGGUCACGCUGCUGCCGGAGACCAAGGACGCGUCGCUGCCCGACACCAUUUUCGAUCUCGAAGGGCACGCCAGGCGACUCGGCUCCACCGAUGUCGAUGAUAUGUUCGCCGACCCCGAUAGCACAACCGAGGCGCCGAUUCGCGGUUACCAGCCCCAGCGCGACCAGACACCCAUCUUUCCACACUCGAGCACCAUCUCCAGCGUGCACUAGUUUUUCCGACUGAUGCGUGCCACCGGUCACGCCUCCUGCGUCGCGUCAUGCCUUCGAACACUGCACAGUGGCCGCACAGGCAAGCCGACUUAUGCGUGCGUGCCAAAAAAAAAAAAAAAAAAAAAGAAGAUAAACUUUGCACGGACCCUCUGCUGCCCGGCGACGAAAAGAACGGUGACCGGAUCUGCAAGUCUGAAUAUACGUCGCUGCGUGUUGUGUGCCGAGGACCAAACAGACCGCUUUGUUUCUGUGGUAAACUCGAGUUCUUUUGCAACAUUUUGGCCCUUAUAGUUUUCCCGCGUCUGUGACUCUAUGGUGCCCGCGUGCUUAAACUGUUUUGCCCUCCUCGUAUUAUUAUAAUUUCGUGGAAUACCGACCUUGAAACGCUGCUGUGGGGACUUAUGUGCGACAUGGUAAGUUUCGUGGUCAUCUUUGUGGCAGAAAAACCUGGGCUGAACGGUUCAGGAAGGUCUGCGGUCGCCGAUGAUGGUGCGCUGCCGGAGCAGCGCGAAACUCCCGUUAACGCGUGGGCUGCGUAAGCAAGUGGGCGAUAUUGCGCGAUAAGGUUGCAGACGACAUUGUUGGACCUUGCUUUCUUGUAGUUCGUACAUAUAGUGCCGUGCCUGAAAGGACGGCACGUGUAAACGCUGUUGCCACAAAUGACAAGGUUUGCCACCAAAUCCUGUGUUGUUUCCAUCGCAAUUGCUGUGCGAGCCAAGAAGAGGAAGCAGUAGGUGGCUGAGCACGAGAGCAGACUUGAUUCUUGACUUGUAGCAUGAAUUUCGCAGCCCAAGUCACUGUUAAAAGUUCAAUUAA